AUAGUGACCCCUCCCUCGCUCCCUCCCCUGACCUUGACCAGCAGACUCAGCUCAACACAAAAGCCAUUCGAUUGCAACUCGUCUUGGAUUCGAACCACCCCGCACCAUCAUCAUCAGAAGGCAAUCAAAGAAUUAUCUGAUUAUUUUCGUAUGAUUUUCAAUCAAUAACAAAAGAGCCAUUUCAUAUAUCCAGGUCUCUAUCACAUUUCCAAAUUGCCCUUCUUUAUUGUAUUCAAUUACUCAUUUUGAACACUCAUUAUAUAAUAAUCACAAACAUCAAUCAAUUGAUAUUCCGCAGCAAUGCGUAACUGGUUUAUUUUACUCCUGCUUGCAGGAGGCACAUAUGCAGUCGAGCAGAAGCCGAUUUGCAGGAUAGGCGAUGGUUGUGACACGUCCGGAUGUCGGAUACCGACUGAAGGUGAUAAGUGUGAUGAGGAGAUGACUAUUGAUUCCAUCUAUUGCGAUCUUGCCACAAACAAGACCGACACUCACGAGAACGCGUUCCUUAUCUGCAAUCUUGUCAAGAAGGAAAUCGAACGAAAGAUUUGUCCGAAAAGCCAAUUCUUCAUUGACGGAAAGUGCCGAACUGGCAAUGUUCGGUACAAGCGGCAAGGAGUUGCCGGAUCCGGAAGAGUUGGAGAUUUUUGCAGCUUCAACACCGAUUGCUUGACUGGAAUGUUCUGCUCCACAGGAUCUUGCACAUGCCUCUCGAACUUCGUCGCCAUCCAAGGAUACUGCUACCUGAAGAAGAAUCCAGGAGAGUCUGGAUGUCAGUACGCCGAGCAGUGCUCCGCAGUAUGGCCAGAGUCGCGGUGCGAAAAGUCGAGAUGCGAGUGCCCGGAGGAUGUGAAUGGAAUUCCAUAUGUUCAGGCCAAGACCAGGGACGGAGUCGUUUGUGUUCUUCAUUCCGGAGAAGACGGAGAUCCGGUGCCAAAGUGCCCACUUCCAGAAUACGACGAUGAUCUCCUCACAAUGCCAGUGUCCCAACUUCGCAACCCUCACAUGACCGAUCCAGACGAUGCUGACAUUCAAAUGGGCGAGCACAUCAACCCACUUCAAUUCUGCUCCUCUCAAUCCACCGACUAUACCACCUUCAUCGCCAACGGAGGAGGUGCGUGUGCUUACGCGACCGAUGCUAACAACGCUCAGGAAGGAGAUGGUAUCUAUAUCGCUGAUAUCUAUGAUUGUGUCACCUCCACGACAUCAAUGGCCAACGUUAAGACUGCAAUGGAAGGAGUUUAUGACAUUCAUCCAGCCUCCGAUGGUAUCUGCUGUCCUAACAGAGCCUUCACCUGCAUCCAACCAAAGAGAGAAGCUGAUAGUGGAAGUUCGGCGCCAGCAGGAGUCCGUCCAAGAUGGUGGUACAACGCUGUCACUGGCACCUGCGAACAAUUCAUGUGGGACCCAUGGGAUGAGACCGAGAUGCAAUCACCAAACAACUUCAAGACUCGUGAGCACUGUGAAUCCUAUUGUAGAGACACUUGUAAGCGUGGAUCCCCACAAUACCUCACCGGAUCCGCUCAGAAUGAGGAUGAAGUCGUCAGCAACUGCCAGACGGCCUCUUCCUGCACAUCUAACUUCGAGUGCACUUCCAUUGGAUCCAUGCAGCUCUGCUGCCCAACUGUCGCCAGCGUCUGCUCCAACACCGGAGGCCGUCCAGUCGACUUGGUCCGAUCCACCAACUUUGACGCCGGUAUGUUGAUGAAGCGCAGCUUCUCCAUGACCUUCUCCACGAGCUCGCGAUACUAUUACGACGCGGAGCAGGGAAGAUGCAUCGCGUUCACCUACAACGGAGCACUCGGAAACUACAACAAUUUCAAGUCGUCAGCUGAUUGCGAGUUGUUCUGCGCCAAAUUGCAAUGCAAAUACGGAACUCCACUCAAGAUUGGGUCAUCUAAUCAGAGAUGCUCCGCCAGUGCCGACUGUCCAAGUACCCACGAGUGCCAGUCAGAUCACAAUGUCUGCUGUCCAAGACCUCAAGCCAUCUGCUCCCAACCCCUCCGCCUCGGAGACUGCAAGCAAUCCGUCCGCCGUUACUGGUACAACGCAGUUACCCGUGCCUGUGAGAUCUUCGACUACACCGGCUGCCAAGGAAACGAUAACAACUUCGAGACCCUGUUGGAGUGCCAGAACACUUGCGAGAACAUUAUUCCAGAGCCACAGUGCCCACAAGGAGACGCCUACAAGGAUUACCAAGGAAACUACUACGUCUGCUCCAACUCUGGAGCUGGAAACUCUUGCCCAGUCAACUAUGAAUGCUAUUUCGACGGAUACGUGUGGGGAUGCUGCCCGACCAAGGCCUACACCUGUACCCUUUCCCCACAUAAGGGAGUCACCUGCGGAUCUGGAUCUUCUUACAGAUACUAUUACAACUCUCAGACCCAAGAAUGUGAAUCCUACCAGUACAAUGGAUGUGACGGAAACUCCAACAACUUUGCUACGCGCGAGGAUUGUGAAGGAUACUGUGGAGUCGGAGGAUGUCCAAAUGGUGGAACUCCAGAACGCAACGAGUUCGGUCAGCUUAUGGUCUGCUCGACCACCCAGGUGUGCCCAGGAACCCACGAGUGUACGUCUGUAAACUCUGGAAGCUCAGUUGUCAACCGUUGUUGCCCAACUCGUGCCUACAUCUGCUCUCUUCCACCACAACAAGGAUCCUCCUGCAGCUCAUCCGCCGCUGCUCGAUUCUACUUCAAUAUUGUCACCAAGGAGUGCACCCAGUUCACCUACAACGGAUGCUCCGGAAAUCUCAACAAUUUCGCCACCCUCGAGCAAUGUAACAACUUCUGCCUUUCAGCUGCCUGUACCCCUGGAGAUGUAGCCUACGUGAACCCCAACACAAAUAUGCCAUAUGAGUGCAAUGCAGCUCUAUCCAACAGUUGCCCAACCAACUUCGCUUGUACCUACGAUCAGCUGUCCUCCAACUCUGUUUGCUGUGGAGCCACCAACAUGGAUGUCUGCCCAGAAGGCGAGAAGGCUUACGUCAACGCUGCCGAUAUGGGAGUCCGCGAGUGUCUGAUCAAUGUGGAGGGAUCCUGCCCGAGCAACUAUCUCUGCAGAUUCAACGCCAUGAAGAACAGAUACUACUGCUGUGCCUCGAUCACAGGAGAUCUCUGCCCAUCUGGAAAGGCUCUUUACAAGGAACCAAGCUCCAAGGCCCCGAUUCGUUGUACCAUCAGCAGCAACAACAACCAAUGCCCAACCGGGUACACCUGUCAGUCCGAUGUUCCAGGCGCUUUCCAAGGAUACUGCUGCUCUGGAAACCAUCUCUGUCCAAACAAGGCCGAGUUCUACUUGGAAGAAUCCUCCCAGAUGCCAAGAUCCUGCACAGUUGGAGCAUUCAUCACUUGUCCAAAUGGUUACUCCUGUCAAUCCACCCAAAACGAGUUCACCACCGGAUUCUGUUGUAAGGGAGAGGUCGCUUCUGUCUCUGAUGGUUGCCCACCUAAUGAGUAUGUGUUCAUGAAGGACAACCAGAUUGCCCCAUGUGAUCCAUUUAACCCACCGAAUGCUCCAUGUCCAAAUGGAUACUCCUGCCAAUGGUCGUUGGCUAACCAGAGAUACCAAUGCUGUGGAGCCACACCAAUCACCACACCAAAGUCGAUCGCUGCUCUCGGAUGCCCGAACAACCAGGUCGCAUUCCGCGAGAAGGCAUCAAAUGCUCCAAGAAUCUGCACAGCCGCCUCUCAGAACUGCCCAACAGGGUUCUUCUGCCAAUUCUCCACCGCUAACAAUCAAUUCCAAUGCUGUGGAAUGUCGGGAGGAUGUCCAAAUGAUUCAGUUGCCUUCAUCGGAAUCACCGGAGAACCACAAUCUUGCGCAAUUGGUCAGAGCACUUGCCCAUCCGGAUAUUCUUGCCAGAGAGCCAUCUCAGGAGCACAACUCUGUUGUACCACAAACGACGAGCCAGUCGGACCAACAACUCCUACCAAGGGCUGCACCGAAAAACAAGUUGAGGUUGAGGGAGCCUGUCUCGAUAAGAAAUCUCUCGGAGACAUCUGCAGUAACCAAGUUCAGUGCCCAACUGGAAGUCUCUGCAAGGAAUCUGUGUGCUCUUGUCCAGAAGGACAUCACGAACUCAACGGAGUUUGUCUCCCAGACUGUGGACCAAACGAAGUCGAGGUCGCCGGAAAGUGUGUUGCUAAAUCCCUUAUCGGAGAGGCUUGCGAAGCUGAUGAACAGUGCCAAGGUGGAUCUUCAUGCCUUGACGCUACCUGCACCUGCCCAGAAGGCGAAGAGGCUGUCGAGGAUGUUUGCAUGAAGAAGAUGUCGCGACCAAUGUCGACUUGCCCAAUUCCAGGACAGAUUCCAUUCCUCGAGUUGAGAACUAAAGCCGCCAGAUUCUGUACUCCAUCCCGUCCAAAUUGUCCACGUGGAUUCAGCUGUCAAUUCUCUCAAACCGCUCAACAGAACAUCUGCUGUGGAGGUGGGAAGGCGUCAGCAAUCGUCGCCGAGAAGAAAUCCGGAAAGCCAAGCACUUUCAGUUCUAAGCCAAAUGGAAAGGAGGACGGUGACGAUGAAGCCGCUGACGUUUGUGAUCGUGGAAGCGCAUACGUUGUGAAUGGGACACCAAAACAAUGUACAGCAUCUCCAUGCCCAAGUGGAUACAAGUGCACAUUCUCGAAGAAGAGCAAGAACUACUACUGCUGCUCAUCGAAGGCUUCUCCGGGAUCCUCGUCUGGAUCCGGAGCAGCCAACGGCUGUGCCACUGGAAGUGCCCUGCUCUUCCCAUCAACCGGUACGCCAGUUCAGUGCUCCAACAGUGGAUCAAACAGUUGUCCAGCCGGAUACAAAUGCCAGAAGAGCACGUUGUCGAACCGAUUCCAGUGUUGCUCAAGUGUCAGUGGAGGUGGAGAUGGAGAAGAAGAGGAGACGGCUCCAGUUAGAGGACGUCCGGUUGUUGGAGGUCGUGGAUCUGUGAACAAGAACAAGGAAUCGGCGGCUAAUGGCCCAUGCUCAAACGGUCAGGUGCAAGUUCUCCGAAUCGUCGGAGAGAGAAUAAUGAAGAAGUGUGAGGACAAGUGUCCACCACACCAGGUCGCUGUCCGCGGCGUCUGUCGUGACAAGUACCUCGCCGAUGCGCCACUCAACAACGAAAUCUAAUAUCGGUGAUUAUUUAUUAAUUUUUUGAAUUUUUUCCAAUUUUUUCCAAUCAAUUUUCUUUGAAAAUGACCUUUUUUUUCUCUUUGUUUUUCAUGUAUUGCCAUUAGUUUCCAAAGUAUGAUUGGUGACUGUUCCCCUGAGUAGGUGCGUUUGCACCAUAAAAAAUCCCCAUUUUUUUCGCCCGCUUAUUCUUUCAAACAAUGUGAUGACCUGUUUUUGCAUCUCUUCUUUCUUGUUUCGACAAUAAAUUUUCGAGAUUCUU